AUGGACAAUCCUCGACUUAAAUCAACUGACCAAAUUAUCCAAGAACUUCAGUCUUUAGAGACCACAACUGCUUCUUCUUCACUCUAUGAAAAAAUGCAAGUCUAUGUCCUCGUCAGCUAUGAAGAUCCCAGCGAUGAUGCAUUUUACAAUGGAGAAAUCGUCAAAAUCAAUGAAAACUCCGUCUCUGUAAAACUUCUUAAUGGCAGCAAAAAAAUCAUUGAAGUCUCUGCAAAUGAAGUUUUCCCUGUUGACGAAGAUGCUGAGCAAGGAGUUUCUGACCUCUCCAAACUUUCUAAUCUUCAUGAAGCUGCUCUCCUUGUUAAUGUUGAAGUACGCUAUCAGCGUAAAGAGAUAUAUACUUAUGUAGCACAAACUUUAAUAGUGAUAAACCCAUACCAAAACAUCCCAGAGCUGCUUUCUCAAGACGCUAUAAACCAUUAUCUCAACGAUAAUUUAGAAAAUCUUGACCCUCAUAUUUUCGCAAUUUCUAAGCAAGCUUAUACACAAUUGUGGGAAAAUAAAAAAAAUCAAGCUAUUGUGAUUAGUGGAGAAAGUGGGGCAGGGAAGACAGAGACUACCAAGCAUGCCAUGAGGUUUUUAACAUACCUAUCUGGGCAUGGAGAGUAUGAAGGAAUAGAGGAGAAACUGAUAAGGUGCAAUCCACUAUUAGAAGCAUUUGGAAACGCUAAAACAGUGAGAAAUGAUAACUCGUCGAGGUUUGGGAAAUAUAUAAGGAUUUUUUAUAAUGGCAAAACAAAAAGCAUCAGUGGAGCUUCAAUAGCAAAUUAUUUGUUGGAAAAAUCAAGAGUGGUCAUGCACUCUGCUGGAGAAAGGAAUUACCAUAUUUUUUAUUUAUUCUGUAAGCAUGCCCCUGCUGAAAUAUUAAGAGAGCUUGGCCUAACGGAAGGAGACACAUUAGACAUGGACGAAUAUCUAUAUUUAAGAGGUGAUAAAGACGCUGAAACUAUUAAUGACGAAGAUUUUUACCUAGACGUGAUGGCAAGCUUCAAAAUUACAAAUUUUUCUGACGCAGAAGUUCAUGGAAUUUGGACAAUUUUGGCAACAAUUCUAUCUAUUGGAAAUAUUCAGUUUGAUGAUACGCUGCAUCAAGAAGAUGAUAGUGAGCCCUGUGAAAUUUCAGAGGAAUCAGGAAAAUACUUUGAAAAUGCUGCGAGGUUAUUGAAUAUUUCUGUUGACAAAUUUUAAACAGUUCUUAUUUAACCCCACUAUUAUAGCAAGAAAUAAUGAGAGCGUUUUAAUUUCAUAUAUAAAUAACUGCGAAUUUAAUAAAAAAUAGAAUACAAAGCAAUAACCACUUAUGUCAGAAAGAUUGGAGGUGCAGAAAUCGCUUCUCCUCUCAGUAAAAAAGACUGUUCAGCUUACAGAGACUCUAUCGCCAAAGCCUUAUAUGACAGGCUGUUUAACUGGAUCGUCUUCAAAUUAAAUAAAACUCUGCUGCCACCUAGCACUUCUCAAGCAAUAUCAAUAGGCUUAUUAGACAUUUUUGGCUUUGAAGUUUUUCCUGAAAACGGGUUUGAGCAAUUUUGUAUUAAUUUCACCAAUGAAAAACUGCAGCAGCUUUAUGUUUCCUAUAUUUUUAAAAUUGAAGAGCAAGAGCUGAGGAAUGAAGGUUUAGAAGAAUUUAUAACAGAAUUAAAUUAUGUUGAUAAUCAGCCUAUUUUGGACUUACUUGAAAAAUUCCCUGGAGGAAUCUUCAAUUUGAUUGAUGAAGCGUGCUCCGUUAACAGUGACGAUAAAAGACUGCUUCAACAAAUUAUAAAAACUCACAAAGAAAACCAGUUUUUUGCUAUCCCUAAAAUAGAAAGCGAUAUUUUCACUGUUUUCCACACUGCAAGAGAUGUAGAUUAUACAGUCAAUGGCUUUAGAGUAAAGAAUUUAGACGAACUUAGGAAAGAAUUGGAGCUAUGUGCCACUGAAAGUGGGGAUGCAAAUGUUAGAGAAAUUUUUACUAAAGGAGUUGGGGUUGAGGAUCAAGCCAAUAAAGGGAAAUUUUUAGGGGCAAAGUUUAGAAGACAGAUGAACGCUGUCAUGGAAGAGCUUGAAAGCUGUGAUUGCCACUUUGUCAGGUGUAUAAAACCUAAUGAGGAUAAAUCACCCUUAAAAUUCCUCCCAAGGCUUGUCCUACUGCAAAUUCAGUAUUUAGGACUCUUAGACUCAAUUGCAAUACGAAGACAAGGCUACCCUAUUCGUUAUACUUAUGAACAGUUUUUUAAGAGGUUUGAUGAAAUCUAUCCUGAUCGCGAAAAGAAAAAUAAUAUAUUGAUGGAAACUCCUCCAGAUUGGCAGAAUUUAGUGGAGGAUAUUAUUGACGAGUAUUUGCCUGGAAUUGACGAAAAGUAUAUUUUAUUUGGAAAAUUCAAAAUUUUCUUAAAAGCUGAAGUCAAUGUUUAUCUAGAAAAAGCCAAACUCUCCUUCUUAAAAGAAAAAGAUAUUGCUGCAAGCAAAAUCCAAGGAUGGCUUAAGGCAAGAAAAGAAUACCAAAAUUUCAAAAGUUAUUUAAAAAUUGUCGCAAGGCUCCAAGCAACCUAUAAGGCUAGAAAAUGUCGUGAAGAAUUUUUAGACAUAAAAGAAAAAACAUUAAAAAUCCAAAGAUGGGCUAGAGAUAUCCAAUAUAACGCUAAGGCUGAUUUACGAGUUUUAGGACUUGAAAUAUUCAAAAAAUAUUUAGCAGUAAAAAUGAACUCUUUAUAUCAGCUAAAAUAUGUGAAUAUGGCUAUUACUGCACAAAGACUAUGAAGGGGCUACAAAGGAAGACAAAUAGCUAGCGUACAUAAGUAUAUAGAAAGAUUAUUUAACACCAGAAUUUUUAGGCCAUCUUGGGAAAGAAUUUAUUUUAGAAUGAGGCUUAGGGCAGCUGUGCUAAUACAAAAAUUGUUCCGUGGGUAUAGAUGUAGGAAAAAUGAAACGUAUAAGGUGACUGAGCUGAGAGAAAAAAUGAAACAAAGGAAAUUAGAUAAAGCAGCUACUAAAAUACAGGCUUGGGCUAAAGGAGAAAUAGUUAGGAAAAAGCUUAAUAGGAUGACGAAAGCUGCAAAAUAUAUUCAAGGGUAUUUUAGAGCAAAAUGGACUUAUUCACUGUUUAAAAAGAUAUCAAUGGAAGUCAGGCGUAUCCAGAGGGCUGUUAGAUCUUUUAUUAGAGCCCAUGGUCUACUUUUGAUCGCUCUAGGCUACAGUUGCUGCCUCAACCGUGGGGUGGGCUAGGGCAAUAUAAGUUGCCAAGUCAAUUACAACUGAAAAUUAUAGUGAUUUUUGUCAAUUUAGGGUUGACUUAGCAACUAAUAUUACCGUGCCACCCCAUAGAAAUGUGUAGCCCAGAGCAAUCCAAAGCAGGCCCUGUGCUAUAUUAGAAGCAAAAUUAUAAAGGAAAGGGCUAAUAAAUAUAUUACCCAAGAAUCAGCUUUACUGAACAAUUUAUUGCUUCUGGAGCAUUCUGAGCUGUUUUCAACAAUACCAAUAAAUACUCAAAACUAUCAAGUCCAGGACGCUUUUAAAACUUUAUAUUUCACUAAAAUGAUAAUGGCUUUUUUCUAUAGAAUUAAUCAAAAGCCAUAUUUUUCUCAGAAAAGUAUAUCAACUAUAGCAGAAAGCACAGCCAAUCUAAACAAAUCUAAUCUUCUCAAUACAGGCAGCUUAGCUAUGCAAUCAAAACAAAUAUCUCCAUUCCACAUAGAAAAAAUGUAUUUUUUCACUCGAGUUCUCGAUAUGGAGUUACUAACUGACAUGUCCAUUGUAUAUGACCCAUUAUGAAGUCAGCAGCUAGAAACUCUUAACAGAGAAUCAAUAGCAAAAGAAGAACAAAUUAUGGAUAUUGAACUAGGUGGCUGUCAUUCUGUAUCUGAGAACUUGCAAAAAUGGUGCAAAAACUGCAAAAAAUAAAUGCUUUAUGGCAAAUUUUCAUUUCAAAAUGCAAAAAAUUGAUGUAAUUAUUAAAAAUUUUUUUUAAAUUUUUGUGGAAAAGCAUUGGUUUUUUGCGAUUUUGCAUCAUUUUUGCAAUGUCUCCUUCUGUAGCUAUUACCAAUAGAGGAAAAUUAUUUGUUUGGGGCUGGAACGAUAAAUAUCAAUGUGCAGCUGAAGGUUUAACUUCUACAAAUAAGCCAAAAUUAGUAGAAGGGCUUAAGGAAAAAAGGAUUUUGCAAGUCUCCUGUGGCGAUGACCAUACUUUGGCAUUAGGCUCUGACGGAGCUGUUUUUGCAUUUGGUGACAACUCAAAAGGGCAGCUUGGCCAAGGCAAUUAUCAAGAAAUUCGUGACGUGAGAGGUCUAAAUCUGCCUCCAUGUAGACAAGUUUAUACAGCAGGAAGCCAAUCAAUGGCUGUAACUGAUAACGGAGACUUAUAUUUAUGGCCAUUCGAAACAAUUCAUGGGGAACGCAGGAGCUAUCCUAUGAAGGUCUUUAACGAUGUCAUAGUCAGCGAAGUGUCCAUCGGCUUCAAUUUUGCCAUAAUUUUAGCUAAUUCUGGACUGCUUUAUUCACUAGGCAGCAAUAAUAAAGAAGGACAGUUGGGCCAUGGAGAUGCGUUACCAAGAAGUGCUCCCACAAUGAUAGCUUCAUUGAAAAAGCAAGGCGAAAAAAUAGCAAAUGUAAGCUGCGGAUUCCGGCAUGUAAUAGCAAGGUCUACACUUGGAAAAGUUUAUACAUGGGGCUGGGGAAGUCAUGGGCAGCUUGGUCACAUCAUUUUUUCAAGUGAAUAUUUACCAAAAAUCGUCAAUAUUAAAGGUAACCGUCUCAAAGCAAUACAGGUAAGUGCAGGCCUAAAGCAUUCUGUCAUACUCCUUGAAAACCGCAAACUCUAUUGGGCAGGCACAAAUGGUACAAUCUCGUCUCAAUCUACUUUUCAGGAAGUAAACUUAGCUGCAAAAAUCCCAGAAAUGUUUGAAAAGGCUAAUGAGUUUACAGUCGUAAGAUCUCAGUGCUCAUGGAGCCGUGGUCUAGGCAUAACCCUAAUCACAAUUGCUGACAUCAGACGUCUCCAAACUCCUCCUUCAAAGCUUUCCACUUCUCUUAAUCUUUUAGCGUCAAAAUGGAAUAAUCGCUACAUUGAGCCUCCCUACAUAGAAACCGUUGCAAAUUUCUACCCAGCUAUCGCUUUACGUAAAGGCUCGCCACCUAAGCAGCCAAAAACUAAGCGUUCAGAUGUGUCACCUUUUAGAAGGAAAGAUGACAAACUUGACCUGGAAUCAAUGAAAGAAAAAAUCAAAGCAAUUCUGGCAAAGCCAGAAGAAAAGUGGACGCAAGAGGAUAAACAUCUGAUGGACGAAAUAAUAAAACUUAAACCUCAGAUUUAA